UUCCUUUCCACCGUCACAGUUCCCGCGAGGUCUGUCGGGCGAAGAUGUCUCUGACGUUGAGGCUUUUCGGAUGUGUUACUAUAGCUUUAUUUGCUCUAGCAUUUGGGGUUGCUGAUGGGGCUGUUCCAUGUGCGGAUUGUGAAUUUUUCUACAUUGAGAUAUAUUACCCAACUCAAGGAAUGCCUGUGUAUGCUCAACCAACAUACAGCGCAGCGGGGCAACUGCUGUACAACUAUGCGCCCAAAUUAUCCCCGAUCCACGUAUUUCAGAUUGCAGGUCACCAGAAGAUUGCAGCAAUUGUCAAGGUGAAGAAGCCGGGCAUACUCUCCAACCUCGUUGUGGAGAUCACCAACCUCGGCAUGGCAGUAGAAGCAAUUGUUCUGUACUCAUUUGAGGCGUUUUCGCUGUUUAACGGAGUACCACCACCCUUAGCCAUCGCCCCCCUAAGGGCUCUACCCUGUGCCAGAGUGUAUCACAUGGAGGUCGAAGUCAUUCCGCUAGGAAACGCUACACAAUAUCUAUCAUCGCUGAGGAACUUCACCGUUGAGAUGCUGCGUCUAAGAAGAGUAGGCAUCAUCCUGGACAUGUACAAGCACCUGGCAAGAAUCCCUGCCACCUUCAUGAUCCUCGGAUGCGGAACGCCCACCUUCUUUGACCAGCUGACGUUCAGUUUUACCAGUCUGGCUAGUGACUACGGUGCCUUCUCAAUCGGACGGGUCGACGCCUUGACCAAGUGGAAUCCUCUCAUUGGUGGCAAGGGAGGAAGUUGCUUCUGGGGUCAAUCCGCUGCAGGUUUGUUCCCCGUUGGCAAGAAGAAGAAGAAGUAAGGUUCCUGAACCAUCUACAACGACAUGGUUCAUGUUUGGAUGUCUGUACCCGGAUUGAACUUGAACUUCUGUUUCAGCGAAAACAUCUAAAAUUGAUAAAUGCCACCCAAACUAUAAUACGAUACACAAAUGAAGUGAUCAUUUGUAUUGAAAAGUUAAAAAAACGGUUCAGUAGAAAUAUGUUUACCUGUUUAACGCCAAUAAGUUUUCUGUAUUUAUAUUUAAUGUUUGUCGGGAAAUUACUAAGUAUAUAUGACACCGUUUCCCUCACAGUAUUAUUGAAAGUUGUUUUGGGGUGUUUCUGAUCUUUAUGGUACUAUACAAGCAAUAAAGUUCUACAGCUUAUGUGAUUUAUGUCCAUUUUAAAAGGUAUUUUAUACUGUGACAUGUUUCUAUUCAUGUUGCGUUUAUUACUUGUCAUUGUAUUGUUUAUGCUGUGAUAUACAGUAGUGUUAUAGAAAAGGCCUUCAUUUUGUACUCAGUGAAUUGGACCGCUAACAAACCGUUUCUAAACAGUCAAAUAAUAGCGAUACUUCCCACAAGCAACUUAUAUUAACGCACAUCAACAAGAGUCUUGUGUCAGUCAGAGUGUCUUCAAUCAAUGAUAUUUGUCGAGCGGCAAGAAUAAGAUAUGGUUUUUCUUACUGCUUUAUGAAAUAGCAUAAUGCAAUCUGAUAUUUUUCCUGUCUCUUGAUCAUGAGACACUAAAGAACAUCACACAUGAACAGAUAAUUUUGAAGAAUUGAAAGGGCUGAUGUAUUAAAAUAUUAUUUUGUGAAUGUGUCAAAGCCUGAUGAUGGCAAUAAACCCUUCCAACUUUGUUUCAUUAACUCUUUUCAUGUGUGAGGAAAGUCCUGCUGGAUCAUUGUCCAGGAAGACGAUGUCGUGUUGCUGUAUAGCUGGUGCUUCUGAUCUGCAGAAUGGUCAUCUAGAACAUAAACAGACGCUUGUCAUUCCUUGCCCGAACUAACUGUUCAUCCCAACAAUACCACAUGAGGCUCUGUGUAAUUAUUUUUCAUCUCACGGUUUGGGUAUAGAAGUGGAAGUUAAAUAACUCUUAAAGCGGUGUUGCUUCAGUAUUUAAUUCUUCCGCUGAAUGUCGAUGCGCCAACCAUUGUGCUUAGCAUAUAGAC